AAAGAAAAGUUUAAUAAAAUAUUUCAAGUAACUGGAAAAAGGCUUAGAAAUUGGCACUUACUUUUAAUUUGCAAUCACAAAAACUACAAUAAUAUUUGGCAGUUUGCCUUUGUACGUAGCGUAAUUUUUUUAUUUACUACUAUUUAUCAAAACCGUUUAAUUAUUUUUUCUUUAGUUUUUUACUUUACUUAGUAUUUCAAUUUAGGUAAGUAACAACGUAACAACGAAAGUAACAACGAUGAAAUUGGUAUCUAAUGUUUUUUGUGCGUUAAUUCUUUAUAUAUUAGAAAAUAAAUGCAAUUUAUUGUUUCAAAAAUACAUUACAAAUAACUAUCACUUUCAUAUAUUCAUAUUGGCGACAUAAAAACAUUAUUGAUAGAUACAAUUUAAAUCGUUGAUAUGUUGACAAGACAGAAGACACACAGUGGCCCGAAUUCUCAGCACGGCAACUCAGCCAAAAUGUCUUUGGCAUUACCAAUCAAAUGAUGAUAAUGUCGUUCCGAUAUCGCUCACCCCUCAUCUGGCAAGCAGUGUGCGACCGUCUUGUAACCACACUACACGUAUUUAUAGCUAUAAUUUUAUUAUAAAACUCUCUCGUGUUUCUCCAUUUGCCGCUCUGAUAAAUUAACAACGAAAAUUGCACGAGGCUUUUCAAGAUGGUGUUUUUUAUAAAGAGCGUUACGAAGAGAUGUGCUCAAGUGGCGAUUGGAUGCAGCCGCGCCGCCCACCAAACUGCUCUGCGAGGGUCGACGAAGCCUUCCCCACAGCUGACCACUCUCACUCCAAAGGUUCGCGCGUUCGUGGAGCGCAGCGCUGCUCUGUGCCAGCCGGAGCACGUGCACGUGUGCGACGGCUCCGAGACAGAGGCGAGGGCCCUGCUACAGCUGAUGCAGCAGCAGACCACCCUCAAACGACUGCCCAAAUACGAUAACUGUUGGUUGGCCCGGACAGACCCGGCAGACGUUGCCCGGGUUGAAUCCCGCACGUUCAUAUGCUCCGAUCGGGAGAGCGACGUGGUCCCCUCGGCUCGCGCCGGCCAGAAGUCCGCCCUGGGGAACUACAUCUCCCCCCCGGAUUACGAGAAGGCCGUGUCCGACAGAUUCCCUGGUUGCAUGAGAGGUCGCACAAUGUACGUGAUACCGUUCUCGAUGGGCCCUGUGGGAUCUCCUCUCUCGAAGAUUGGUGUAGAAAUCACGGAUUCGCCUUACGUGGUUUUUUCUAUGCGAGUCAUGACUAGAAUUGGAGCGAAGGUUCUAGAUAUUCUACGUCAAGACGAGCAGUUUGUUCAUUGUCUUCACGCAGUCGGAUCCGGUGGCACUCCGGGCUGGCCCUGCGACCCUCAGAACAUCGUCGUACUCCACAAGCCGGCUAACAACGAGAUAGUAAGCUACGGCAGUGGAUAUGGCGGCAACAGUUUGUUGGGCAAGAAGUGCUUCGCUCUACGUCUGGGAUCAGUGAUCGCCCGUCGCGAAGGAUGGCUGGCUGAACAUAUGCUUAUCGUCGGCAUAACCAACCCUCAAGGUAAAAAGCGCUACAUCGCUGCUGCUUUUCCUUCAGCUUGCGGGAAGACGAAUCUCGCAAUGAUGACGCCAACACUGCCCGGGUACAAAGUAGAGUGCGUGGGGGACGACAUAGCCUGGAUGAAGUUCGACAAGGACGGCGUACUGCGGGCCAUCAACUCUGAAAACGGGUUCUUUGGAAUUGCACCAGGUACGUCAGCCGCUACGAAUCCGAUAGCAAUGGCGACGGUGUUCAAAAACACCGUGUUCACUAACGUGGCGGAAACACCUGAGGGUGGGGUGUGGUGGGAAGGCAUGGGACCAGCUCCGGAGCGCCUCGUCGACUGGAAAGGUCAACCCUGGGACCCCAGCAAGAAAACUCCGGCUGCACAUCCAAAUUCCAGAUUCUGCACCCCGGCAGAGCAGUGUCCCAUGAUAGACGGUGAGUGGGAGAGCUCGGAGGGUGUGCCGAUAUCCGCCAUCCUGCUGGGCGGCAGACGGCCGGCCGGCGUACCGCUCGUAGUCGAGUCGCGGGACUGGCAGCACGGCGUGUUCAUGGGAGCUUCCAUGAGGUCCGAGGCCACGGCCGCCGCCGAACACAGCGGUAAAAUGGUGAUGCACGAUCCGUUUGCGAUGCGUCCGUUCUUCGGCUAUAACUUCGGCGACUACCUGAAGCACUGGCUGUCGAUGCCGCAGCCGGGACGCAAGAUGCCCAAGAUCUUCCAUGUCAACUGGUUCCGUAAAGACGAACAGGGUAAGUUCCUCUGGCCCGGUUUCGGCGAGAACUCUCGGGUCUUAGACUGGAUCUUACGUCGCUGCGAUGGGGAGCCCUGCCACGCCGAGACUCCACUGGGGUACAUACCGAGAGCCGGUGCUCUGAAUACGGAAAACCUAAGCGCUGUCGACAUGAACAAGCUGUUCAGCAUACCUAAAGACUUUUGGCUGCAGGAGGCUGACGCCAUCGAGAAGUACUUCAAAGAGGAGGUAGGCGAAGAUCUACCCAACGAAAUGUGGGACGAACUGAACAAGUUGAGGAAAAACAUACAAGGCCAAGCUUUAAAUUAGACCUCUCUCUCUCUUCCUAGUUAUUUAUCCCACAUGGUGGUGGGGCCAGCUUUCCCUAUUCUACUCCCCCAUUUCGCUCUGUCUUCGACAUCCUCGUCAGCAACAUUGCUUUCCCUUUUGUCCUUCAGCACUACGUCCUUCCACCUUGUCUUGGGUCUACCUCUAGAUCUCCGUUAAGCUUUAAAUCAGACUAAAGGUACAAAAUGAGACGAGACUUUGUAUUCUGAAUAAUUAGUAUUAAGAUUUUUUAAAUAUCAUAUACAUAUAUUAUAGGAGUGACCGCAUUAUUGAUAACAUCGUCAGACAUCAUAUGAGCGAAUAGCUAGGGUGAUCGAGCAUAGAGAAACAGCGAGUACACAAAACACCAUUAUUGUCCUAUAACAAUUUAGCAGUCUUCUUUUGACGUUAGAAAAUUUAACGAAUGACACUUCGUAGGAUGGAAGCACCGCUCUUCAAGAAGGCUGGUUUCUAAGUGAGUCGCGUUCAGUGUAUAAUCUAUGGUCGCGUCUAUGCGAACCUCCAUUGGCUAGGCUCUGUUGUAGCGCGAAGUUAGCCGAACUCCGACGACAUUACGGUCGUGUUGCCACCUCUCGGAAGUAAUACUGCGCUUCGUAUUGCUACCAAAAUAAUGACCAUCUCCGACAGUAUAAUUAUAUUAUUUCUUAUUAAAUAUCAGAGAAUUACCCUUUUGUUCGACACUGACAAUGUGCCACACACAUGGGCCAUUGGCAUUAGUGUUAAUAAAAAAGAAGGUUUGAUGUUUGUGUCGAAAAUCGGAAGGCUGUGUGUCUAAGCUUGAAAACAUUAGCGAGUUAAAGACUAAAAUCUAUGAAUAGAUUCAAGCCAUGGGUUUAAAAUAAAUAUUUUAUAUUUUC